UCCGCCUCAACAAUACAGAACUUAUCUACAACUUUUAAUUUAUUUUCCAAAACAAUGUAUUUUGAAUUUCGCGCUAGCUAUGCCCCUCUUCGAAGAACAGUCGGAUCGCUGUCACAAUUCACAAUCAAUGACAUCGCUACGUAACCUAAAAAUCGUGGAAAAUGUUUAACGGGAGUUUAUUUGCUCGAAUAUGUUUAUAGCAAAUAAAUACGGAUGAAAACUGCCGGAAAUUAAUAGUGCGGGAAUAUUAUGGAUGAUAACAAAAGCCAUGUAAAAUCCGUCGUGUCCGUGUACAUAAAUAGAAGGCAACUUUCGUAUGUUAAACCCCGAAUAAUUUCCAAAAGAAAUUUACUAAAACAAACAUCCUUACGUGCUAGAAUAAGUAGAACUGCAAUGAACAGUUUCGUGAAUUAUUGUGACGAUGAGCAGGAUGAAGAUGACCAAUUGCUUGUCGAAUAUAGUUUCAUGUUCCAAAAGUUCAUGCAUUGGCUGAAGGAGCAAACCGACCAGAAGCAAAGGUGUUAUGAUAUAGAGAAAAUAGUGGGCCCCUUGUUUUGCCAUUUAUAUUUGGAUAUUCAGCAUAAUAAUAAGUACCAUGAGGAGUCAAGCAAUUUAUUCUUUAAGACACAUAUUGACAAAAUUGAUAGGUCAAAGUGUGAUAGCAAUAUCCAAGAUAUUAUAACCGGUAUAGAAGCAAGCUUAGACAAUAUGGGAGUUUUGAACGGCACAGACAACUUAGUGAUUGAAGAUCUGAGGAAUGUAUUUAGGUCCACGAAAAUUGUUGUUUAUCUCAAGUCAGAAUCACUGAAACUUCUAAAGCAAUUUAUAUCCUGGAAAUCUCGCACAAAAUCUCAUAUGGUAAUGCUACAAGCUGUGCAGUCGUGGUUUGACCUUAAGGAAGUUCCUCCAAGUGAAGGUAGCUAUAACUUUACAGAAGACAUCUCGAAAAAACCCGAUCAAGCUUCUUCAUGCUCCUGGAAGACAAAACGUUCAACGUGCAGUUCUGCAAAUUAUAGUGAUGAGACUCAAAGCGAAGACCAGGAAGAUGACGAUCAAUUAUUGAUAGAGUGUCAGUAUAGUUUCAUGUAUCAAAAGUUGUUACAUGUGAUAAAGGAGCAAACUGACCACCAGAAGUACAGCUACUAUGAUUUAGAGAACCUUGCGGGUCCCCUCUUUUGCAGUCUGUAUAUGAAAAUCAGAGAUGCUAGUAAAAGCAAAAGUGAAGCGCCAGGUAAUUUAUUUUUCAAAACACACAUUAAAACUGUUCUUGACCUGAAACCCGAAUCCUUAAAACUUCUGACCGAAUUUAUGGCUAGCCAUCGUCAUACAAUGUCUGGUGUUAAAUUUGCACAACGUUUUCAAACAUGGUUUGAUCAGGGGAAGUGCAAGUUUGAGAAAGCGAAUAAUUUUCACGAAAGUUUAUUGGAAACGCCCAAAAGUGUUGGAAUGGAUCAAAACGCUUUUGUCGAUGAUAACACAAUGAGUAUAGAUGAACCCGUACAGUUGUACUGCGAAAAACUUAGUCCAGAAAAUAACGAUUCAAAGAUGUUUAAAGGUACAGUCAAACAGAACAGCAGAGUUGUCAAAAUGGAAACUGAUGAUUUUAUGGCACAAAAACAGAAGUUAUCCCAGCAGAAAAGCAAAAUUAGAAGUGUGAUUAAAAAAAUUAGAAAAUUGCCUGCUGGCGUUGGUAACUUUCGAUUAGUAAAUACCAAACACUUCGUUACCUGUGGAAUUGUCAGGAGUAACGCAGGUUUAGUUGCUUUUGUGGAAAGGAAUAUAUUGAAAGUUAUGCCAGCUCAGAUGCUUGCGGAUCACGUCCGAUUUAUCCAUCAUUCAAAGCAAAUUUAUUGUAUUGCUUUAUGUCCAAAUAAUGAGAUUUUAUGUACAGGUUCUGCCGAUCGUACUAUAUGUGUCUAUAGUCUUAGUAAAUUUAAGCUUGUUAGAAGACUGUUUGGACACUUAGGUCCCGUAUACUCAUUAGCAAUAAGUCGCAAUUCUAAAUACUUGGCAUCUGGAUCCCAUGAUGGUACUGCGAGACUGUGGAGUUUAAGAUCUGGAAAAUUGAUGCGGAUUUUUGCUGGACAUUCGGAGGCUGUAAUGUGUGCUGAUUUUCACCCAAAUUCAUUGUAUCUAGCAACGGGAUCCGCUGAUAGAAAUAUCAGAGUUUGGUGCUUAAAUAACGCAAAAACAGUGCGCCUGUUGCACGCAGCCAAAAAGGAAAUUUAUUCAGUGGUUUUUUCGCCAAAUGGGCAGUAUUUAGCUUCCAGUGAUGACAGAAGAGUGGAAAUAUGGAAUUUAGCAAAUUCGAAAAUUUUCCACGAAUAUAAAAAUCGUGAAUCGGUGUUCCACUUGGCCUGGAGUAAAAGCGGUAAACAAUUGUGCGGUGGGACUGCUUCGGGUGUGGUAAAAAUUUGGGAAGUUCGCGAUAAGGACAAAGAGCAUGUAAGGGACCAUAAACAUUCACAUUCAGACUAUGUAUUGCGACGCUAUACAAAUGGGCGCCUGCUAGCUUUGGAUUAUACAUUAUGUACUUGGAUUUGUUUGUCAAUUCCUAAUCAACCAUUUAUCGAUACUUGAUUCAACUUCCUCAAUUGACUUCAAAUGGCAAGUCAUUUAGACUGUUAUUUUGUUAUCGAAUUGUUUAUUCAUAUCAACAAUAUAAAGAGGGUUACACAGUUCCAGUAAAAGCUGCCGGCCAUUUUUUAUAAAGCAGUUAAAAAUACGUCGAAUAUCUUUUCAUAUUUACCCAGUUAAACCAUUGUAUUUCCAGGACUUUGCCUCUGGAAUUGUGUACAAAUCUUUAUGAUUUUUCAAAUUUUCUUUUAGCAGUCGAAAUGGUGCAUUGUUAAAUUUUCUGACAGUAAUAUACCCCUAAAAACAUGUUUUGUCGGAUAUACGAUCACUAAUAGUUGCAAAUAUUGUUUUUGUUUUCAAAACAUCGUUCGAUAUCGAAAAAUACUCGUAUUAAAUGCUGUUCACAUGAUUUGUAUGAUGCAUAUUAUUUACCAACCAUCACGAAGUCAAAAGAAUAACUUGUCUUUCUAGUUCUGUAAAACUAGAAAGAAAAGUUAUUGAGAAUUAAGAACUUGAAAUUAGAUCCGAUAUACAUAUGUGAAUAGUAGAAAAAAUAUCUUCUAGACUAGUAAACAUUGUAUUCAUUAGAUUAUCAUAGUUAAUAUGCGUUAGCUAAUCAUUUUUUGGUAGCAAAAAAAAUUGUUUGUACAUAAUACGUUGAACAAUAAUAAUUUAGGUGACAAUAACAGUACAAACCAAACUUAACAUCGUAAAUGAAUAGAAAGCAUUUAAUGUGCAAAAUAUGUUUACUGAUAUGAUGCAAGUUCCUCCCUUGAACUUGAGCCGAUUAUUUUAAAAGACGCCAUGAAGUAAACCUGUAGUUACUUCCAUCAUUUUUAAUUCGGUUCUGCGGAGAGAUUUAAUUGUAUACAUAUAGUCCCCUAUGGAUCAAUAAAUCGAAGUGAUAUUUUUACCUGUUCUAUGUUAAGCUAUUAUAACUUAAUUUAGUAAAAAUAUAGUUUGGUAUUAACUAGACAAAAGACCGCUGUGUACCAUUUCUCAUAGCGAUUUAAGUACCUAAUUGUAAAUAUACUUUUAUGUAGACUUAUUGUUUUGUAAUUUACAUUUUUUUCCAAGGUGAAUGCAUUGAAUAUACUUGAGAGUAGAGUAAACGUUUAUACACUUUGUGAUAUGCAAACGUUUUUUGACUUGUUUUAAUGAAGUGCCUUUUCCGUGAAAAGAUUUUGAUGAAUAAUACCUCUAUAAUAGUUUUUAAGUAAGUUUCGGUAAUUGCCUAUUCGCAGUGUAUAUCCAAUAACAAAUUGCCGUGCUUAAUUUAAGGCUUGUUGGUAUAGAUCAACGUCAAAAUAUCAAAACUUAAUCAGGUAUUUGUGAAAGUUCUUUUUAAAAUUGUUAGAGAUUUAACACAUUUACUUGGUUACAUCACAGGAGUCAACUUUUAGUAUUUUUUAGUGAUUGGAAUAUCUAUAUAGUGUUCCAUUGUCUAGUGAUACUUUGUUGAAAUAUUUUUUAUAAGAUGCACAGAAGAAAACUAUUCGAACUUGUGAAGAUAUAUUUUUUAAUAGCAAUUCCCUUCAGUUCAAGCAAUCCGUUUGUAUUUUACUGGCAGAAUUUGAUGGUCGUUCUAUUAUAUCAUAUUGUAGUUAGGAUUGAAUCCCUGAAUGUCUAGUCAUUUUUCCAAUACUUGCUGAGUCAUUAAUGAAACUGCACAAUAAGAUACAAACGGUUUGCUUACGCUGUAAAUAAUUCUAAAUUUGCAUUCUGUGGUCACUGAAAUUUUCCAAAUUGAAAUAUACCUGUUUCUCACAAAUAAAGCAUCUAUAUUUACUAUCA